CGGGUGUGCGGGCGUGCCGAGCCUCAGGCCCAGUCAGCUGCCGGCUCCUUCCUCGGCCGGCGCCUCGUUCCCGCGCGCCCCUCACGGGCGGGCGUCCUCCGGCGUCCUGGCUGCUCCGGUCAGGGCUGUCCGGGCGGUCGCUUGGCUGCUGCUGGGCGCGGCGAUGGAGCUCGGCCGCACCGCAGCCGCGACCUCCGCUGACGGCGCUACCGCGGACGGUAUAAGGGCCACAUGUUCUGAAAUUAUUUUAAAGCAAGAAGUUUUGAAAGAUGGUUUCCACAGAGACCUUUCAAUAAAAGUGAACUUUGGAGAAAGUGGCGAGGACUCACAGCCCUGCCGACUAUUAAUUAAACAGCACAUCCCGACAGGACUUCUUGUGGAUCCGUACGAAUUGGCUUCAUUACGAGAGAAGAACAUAACAGAGGCAGUGAUAGUUUCAGAAAAUGUUGAUAUAGAAGCUCCUAACUAUUUGUCCAAGGAAUCUGAAGUUCUCAUUUCUGCCAGACGAGAUCUCCAGUGCAUGAACUGUUUCCAGGCCUUUGUGCCUGUGCACUUCCGCUAUCACCGGCCACACAGUGAAGACGGAGAGGCCUUGAUCGUGCUCAGGAACCCAGAUUUGCUGAUGCGUUGUGACCAAGAGUUCUCAAUUUUGAGAUGCUGGGCUCAGUCGGAAGUGGCAGCUCCUUGUGCUUUGAAGAAAGAGGAUAUUUGCCAGUGGAAAAAUAUGAAGUACAAAUCAGCAUCUAAGAAUGUGACUCUGCAGGUCCCAGUGGGAGUGGCCAUUCAUACCCCUUUAGUAUGUUUUGUGACUCUGUUUGUUACUGUCCUGUGUUCUAUGCUGAUCCUUGUAACUGUUUUCAAGCAUGGUGAUUUUUCCCUUUAAGUUUCAUAUAGUAAAAUGCUUUCUUUAACUUCUAAGAACUACUCACUGAUGAAUAGGGGUAUUGGACUGGACCUGGCUUGCUACUUUUGCUUUUGUCUUUAGCUAUGACUAAAAUUGUGUUUACAAAAGGAAAUUUGGGAUAAUUUUCAGCUAAUUGCAAAAUCUCAUGCCCCAUUGUAUUGAAUAUUGACAAACCUAAACAUCAACUG